AUGAGUUUUCGAAAAUCCUUCAUCAUAGACUUGCAAAGAACAGCAAUGCAGUCUGUGGUUUUCACCACAGAUGCUCCCUUUGAACAUACUAGAGGAUUGGCUAACGGGAAUCUCCGGCUGUUUUCGAUUUUGUUUGGUUGCCAAAUCGAUCAAUCUAAUGUGUUAUUGUUGGUUGUGCCUUCGCCGGUGUAUUGCACUGUUGUCGUCUGUGGAAUUACUAGCCGUUGCAGGAAUUGGACUGUGUUGGAGCCACCAGACGUAGGGUUGUCGCAAUCGGUGUCUUUGGUCGCAGGGCCUGUUCAGUCCCCAACAGUGAAGCUUCAGUCUGUUUCAGUGUUUUUCGUACCAGUUCAGCGCACUUUAGUGCCGGUUCAGGCUCAGCUACCUGCUAGUAGGUUCAGAUCCGGUUCAGCCAUUCUGAGGCAAUUUUCAUCAAUUUUUGCCCUUGUUCAUCCAUUUCAGAACCUGUUCAAGUCUCUUUUUGGCUAA